GUGUAGGCAGCACGAGAGGUACGUGUGUGUUGUAAUAAAUUUCGCAAAUAAGUUAGGUGUUGAAUUUCUAGCGGUGUUCUAGAAAGCAUCAGGAUAAACGGGCGGAAGGUUUUUUGCUAGAAAAAUACCUUUGUAGGUGUCAAGUAUGGGCAGGAAGUUGGAUCCCACCAAUAAGGUGAAAAGAGGACCUGGACGCAAAUCCAGGAAACAGAAAGGAGCAGAGACCGAGCUGGCCAAUUUCUUGGUUGAGGAAAAUGAACCAAAAAAAUUAUCAAGCAGAGGAAAAAAACGAGCUAUAAAGAGAGCUCAAGUGAAGGAAAACAAAAAAGAGGAAAAGACCAAAAAAGCCCAAAAGCCCAAAAAAGGAUUCUCAGAUGAGAAUAGUCAGUGGCUGAAACCUGCGCAGAGAAAACGAAAGAUUGAACAAUCUGCUGAAGAUGAGGAGAGUGACAGCCAGUGGGAAGAUGACGACAGCGAGGAGGAGGGGGUCCCUUUCAAAAAGCAAAUAAAGGGGGAGGAUGAUGAUGAUGAUGAUGAUAUGGUUGAUGAUUAUGGUGCAGAUGAGGAGGAUAAACAAGACAGUGACGGAGAAGAGCUUCUGCCAAUUGAGAAAGCGGCAAGAAAACAGAAAAAACGUCAACUCAAUCAACAAGAGAGUAUUGAAGAUGACGACGAUGAUGAUGAUGAGGAUAUGAGUGAUGAAGAAGCUGAAGAGAUAAAGCAGCAGCAGGAGGACGAAGAUGGUACUACGCAGGCAAACUUUGAUGAGAAUGAUGAAAAAUUCAUACUUCCAUCUGCUGCAGAUAGACAGAAAGAGGGUCUUUUACCUAUGGACCUGAAGGCCAUCUAUCAGAGGAUCAAAGAUAAUGUGGAUGUGUUGACUCACUUCACUGAGAAGCGAGAGGAGGGCAAGGAGAGAUCAGAGUAUCUCUCGCUCCUGCGGUCUGACCUCUGCACCUAUUACAGCUACAAUCAGUUCCUUAUUAGCAAACUCAUGGACCUGUUCCCACUUUCUGAGCUGAUUGAUUUUCUAGAAGCCAAUGAAAUACAGAGGCCUGUCACCAUCAGAACCAACACGUUAAAGACCAGGCGGAGAGACUUGGCUCAGGCUCUGAUUAACAGAGGUGUAAACUUGGAUCCGAUAGGGAAAUGGUCUAAAGUGGGACUGGUCAUCUAUGACUCCACUGUUCCCAUAGGAGCGACUCCAGAAUAUUUGUCAGGCCAGUACAUGCUGCAGGGAGCGUCUUCAUUUCUGCCUGUUAUGGCGCUGUCUCCCCAGGAGGGGGAGCUAGUGUUAGACAUGAGCUCUGCUCCAGGAGGCAAAACCACAUAUAUGGCUCAGUUAAUGAAGAACACUGGCACGAUCGUGGCUAAUGAUGCGAGCGCGGACCGAUUGAAGAGUGUUGUGGGAAACAUUCAUCGCCUUGGUGUCACUAAUGCUAUCAUCUGCAACUAUGACGGCAGACAGUUUCCUAAGGUGAUGGGAGGUUUUGACAGAGUGCUGCUGGAUGCUCCUUGCUCAGGUACAGGAGUCAUCUCCAAAGAUCCAGCUGUGAAGACCAGCAAGGAUGAGUCUGAUAUUCACCGCUUGGCUCACCUGCAGAAGGAGCUCCUCCUGUCAGCCAUCGACUCCGUCAACGCUGACUCGCCUACUGGUGGAUACCUCAUCUACUGCACUUGCUCUAUUACGGUGGAGGAGAACGAGUGGGUGGUGGAUUAUGCACUGAAGAAGAGAAAUGUAAAGCUGGUACCCACAGGACUGGACUUUGGCAAUGAGGGAUUCACCAGAUUCAAAGAGAAACGGUUUCAUCCCUCCCUCAAACUAUCAUGCCGAUUCUACCCUCACUCCCACAACAUGGAUGGAUUUUUUGUAGCCAAGUUCAAAAAGUUCUCAAACCUCAUCCCCACUGCGCCAAAAGAAACCGAGAAUGAAGAAAAAUCUGCAACAAUGGAGACUGGAGCCCCAUCAGAGAAGAUUCAGAAAACCGAAAAGAUUGAAUCUAAAGAGCAGGCGCCAACUUCAACUCCUUUGAAGAGCACCACGGGCAUGAAGAAGAAAUUAAAACAGAAUAAAGCUGAGACACCCAUCAUUGAGAGAAAGCCAGGGGGAAAGCCUGACAGUAAAAAGACAGAGGGCCCUAAAAAGGCCAAAAUUGCCAAGUUGGAUGGAGAAGCUUCAAAGAAGAGUCCGAAGUUCAACAAAAAGCAGAAGACCAAUGGUGAGGCUAAGAAAGAGGUAGCUGGGGAGAAGAAAGUGGGAAGUCCGUUUGAGAAGAAGAAAAACAGAAGAAACAAAAAGAACUUGGUGAAUAAGAACAGAUUGGGGAAAAACAAAUUUAAGAAUUUAAAAAAGAUGCUUGGGCAGAAGAAAAGUGGACGGUGAAAUUCACUCAGGUUUCAUAAAGAAAUGUGUCAGCUGUCAAUCAUUUGACAUCACGUAUCAAGAUCUGACUGGACAGCUGCUGUUGAUGACUCAAACAUCAUAAUUUCCAAACCUAUACAGAAGUUCAUGAUCUUGUGUAUAGACUUUUAUCUACUUUACGUCUUGGAUAUUAACCUUAUCCUUGUGGUUAUACAUUUUAUAAAACUAAAGUUCAUUGUAUGUACUUUGUUUUGAAAAAAGUAACUAAGAGUGUGGGCGUGUGUCAAAAAUCUGUUCCUCUGUUCGUUUUUUUCUCUUGCACAGAUUAAAAAGUUUAAUAAGA